AGUGUUUAUUUUGUCAUCAGUGGAUGACCAUGUCGGAGCAGCCAUCAUUAACGCCGAAGCAGCGAGCCCUGUUAUCUGCCCUCUCUGCUAAACUCUUGGAGCAGUAUAAAGGGAGGAUCGAGGCUGAAGAGAAGGAGGAUGGGGAGAGAACCUGUAUGGACCCGAUUUCACGGUGGAUAGGCUCUACCCCUGGGGCCAUGGACCUACUCGUGCAACUGAGUGAGCCCUCCAGUGAUGAGGAAGCCCUAGGCGAGAGUAGUAGUGACUCACCUCAUACCUCGGCUAUUGGGAGAUCUGCUGCUGCUGCCGGCCCAGCGGACGAAGGGCCAUCAAAAAGCGUCGGCGGCCUGUCUCUGCCUGUCACUAAGCAUUCAUCAGGAAGGAUGACACGCUCCUCUUUGACGACGGUUCCGGAGCAGGCUACGAUGCCUGUGCAAGCUGGCUUUGAUAUCAGUGGGGAGGCCUCCCGCAGUACUCUGCUGGAUGACCUGGUGAAUGAGCUUGUCUUGUUACUCGCCAACACGCCAUGGAUGUGUGCCUCCUUGGCCCAGCUGCUACCGCUACUCAGUCCUACUAGCAAGGACCUGGUUCGACAACAACAAGUCACUCAGAGCGACCUCAUAUCUGCUUCUGAGGGCGAUCUGACGCUGGUCACGGGUACUGACAUUCUAGUGUAUACGGGCUCUGUGGAGAAGAUGGCUGCAUUAUUGCAAAGCCAAGGGACUCUGACUGGCCAGCAAGUACAGUCCCCUCUAGCCUUCCAGCAACAACAACAACAAGCCGCGAUACGCUUACAAGCUGCCCAUGCAGCUGCGGCAGGCGGUGGGGGAGGGAUAUCACCGGGAAUGUCGCAAGGUGGGCUGGCCAGGCCGAUAGUGGGACCAGGCCAAACCCAGCCGAAACGUGGUGUAUUGAACAUGGAAACGCUGAGUGCAUCACCACAACUGGCUGCCCUCAUCAAAGAGGUUUCAUUUUUACUACUGACAGCAGGUGGCUCCGCAAGGCAGCUCCUCUUGUCCGAACUAGGCACACGUAUCUCGGCACAAUCUCGGAUGUUCCUUAAGCUCAACCGAACUCGGCUUGGCCAACUGCUCUUACGUUUCCCCAAGGACUUCCUCAUAGAAGGUCAGAGGGCUAGCGGGAAGGUAACUCUUAUACGACCAGAAAUCAUCCAGUGUCCAUCGACUCCUGUACCAUUGGAAAAGGACAUAGUAGGGGAUAGCAAUGCUGCAGACGAUACUGGAAUCCUUGCCGGGCCACCACCGGGUAUGUCGGAGAAUGAUACACAGUCCAAUAUAUUCUCCCAGGCAGCAGGGAAUUAUUACGCUGAGAGUCGAGAGGGAGCAUCCUUGGGAAUGCCAUCCUCUGCAAAGGACAAUAGUGUUCCCACUCUUUCAUCACGAUCCGUUGGUAACUCGAAGAGCUCUCGUUUGGCGGACCUUGGCAUGGGCCUUUCUGUUGACGUUGCGGGUUCUAGUCAAGGUGCGAUGAUGCAGCAGGGUCAGCGAGGAGCUGGUGAUAACUAUUUGUACAUGGCCCCGCAGCAGCUAGUGUUAUCACCGUUACCAUUGGUGAGUCCUGGUACGGCCUUGGGGUUGACACCAUUUUCUGCUGCGCUACCGAGGUCGAUGGCUGAAGGAGUUCUGCAGACCCCAGUUCCCAAGCGAGAGUAGUCAGGCUUCUUACAUGAACCACAAUAACAUUGAUACUAGUCGUUUACAUCGUAUGUACAUGUUCCCGUACGUUCUUUGCUAUUUAACAUUUUCCGGACAUCUACUCCACACUUCGUUGCUAAUGAUAAUAUUCUGCAAGGCUGGGAAACCUCCAAGUUGUGGGCAUGUCUCCCGAUGAAAUAUCGGCGUUGAUCGCCGCUUCUGGUCGCAUUUAGUAGGGCCUCGUCCUCACUACUAUUGACAAUGUCGAUUUACCAUUCAUCGUCCCUACACUUGCUUUUUGAUUCCAUUAUGACGAUGAAGUGUUUUUGGCUGAAGAUCACUAGUUUAUAAGCAGCAACGACAAGGACGAUCUACAGUACAUAAUUUCACCCUAGAACAUUCCUGGAUGUUUUUAUGCAUCGUUGUUGUUGCCUGUCGGGGCCAUUGGGG